AGUGCCGGUAUUUCAAAAUUUGUGGUGCUGUGGAGGAUGCUGUCUACUUGACAACAAUGAUAUUAAACAGUUGUGUGUGGAUUUAGAUUCAUCUUAGCUGAACAUGAUUUUUUCGACUGUCUUGAAAUAUGAAUAUGCUUACAUAGAUAGGAUAAGAACUGAAUUAGCAGGUCUUUUAGGUCUCGCAUCUCCAUGAAAAUCUGUAGUUACACUGUAUUUUUAGAAUCCUUUGUGUGAAGCUCUUUUUUUAUUUUCUGAUUCUCUCUCAUCUAUUGUGAUUCAGAGAUUUCUGCAUUUUGUGUGCUGCUGCCGUAUAAUUGUGGUAAUGUCAGUUGUUCUCUUCACCAGCAAAAGAGACUUCUAUGUUUGUGCAGCAGGGUGAGGUACUGGUCAGUGACUGGGGCAUCUCAGUAGAAAUCUGAAUAACUAUGAAAAACGGCCAGUGAUCUAAGUAACUGCCCAUUAAAUAUGGUAUAAAACAGGGGUGGCCAGCUUGCAGAGGACAUGCACAGAUAGCUUCUGUGCAUGGCACAUGGCAGAUCAGGAAGGAAACAGCAGCAGGUAAGGCAGGGGACAGAAAGCAGGGAAAGGAGAUCUGAAUGUCACUUGGGGAGGAUGUGUAGGGCUUACCUUUUGGCAUGCCUGCCAAAAAGAUUGGCCCCAACUUCUUUAAAGCAUGAAGGCAGUACUAUGGUAGGUCCAUCUUUCUAUUUCUUUUCAGUCUUGAAAAAUAUAAGCAAUCUAUAAAUUAAAUGGAUAAAAAUAACACAUUUUGAAAUUCCAACAAUGCUGAAUUUGGAAUUUUUUUCUCUCCAAUGCCAUCUAUCUUUUGCAAAGCAUUUUUCCAAGUUUCUUCUAUUAUUUUUCAGGUGCUAUGUCCAAUGACAACUCAUCAGGGUGUGGCAUGAAAAGCGAUCUGAUGUUUGUAUUUGGGAAUCAGGGUUUUUAAAUAGUCACUGUAGCUGCAAAGAUUUUGUUGACCAGGACAGUAAAAACAAUCUUCAACUUUACAUUGAUAUAGAGGAGCAGUACCAGUCUCUACAAGAAGGAAGGGAAAGAAAGAAAGGAGCUAAUGACUUGACUGAUGCUUUAUUGGCCCCAGAAAAUAGCCCAGCCAAUAGAAAUAAGAAUUGGAAAGACCUUUUUCUGCUACAAGGAACAAAAGCACAAAACUCUAGGAGCAGCCAAAAAGAAAAGGUUCCAUCUUAUCUUAAUAAAAAUCAGACAGUUGACCAUUUGGCUGCAAGUUGUGCAGCCAGAGUUCAUCAGUCAAGGUUUGCCUUAUCUUCUAGAAAGCGUUUAUCUUCCCAAAGUGCAUCCCCACAGCUACUCAGUAUUGAGCAGCUAUCACAGGUGCCUGCUGUUUUCACAAUUGAGAAACCUUACAUUGCUAAUAGAUUAAGUCAAAAGAAACUGCCUGUUGGUUGUCCUCCAACCUCAAGGCCUAACAAAACUGUACAAACUUCUUUUAUUUCUAGAGGAGGGUGUUCUCGUGAGACUAUUGCUUGUGAGUGUCCAAAGCAGUCAACACUGCAUGAACACGUGACUAGAAAAUCAAAUGAGAAGAAAACUGCUGUAUUUCAUGGAAAUAUUUCCAAGCAGAAUACGCUAUCUGGUGAACAAGCAAAUAUAUGUUUAGAUUAUCCUUUGAAAGCAAAACCUGAAAGACCACAAAUAAGUGAACAUAUUUGUUCACACACUGAUUCAUCUUCACUUGUUAUAUCUCUAACAUUGGAAACAGAUUAUUCAACUCCAUCUAUUUCAUUAGGAGCAGCUGAGACAACUUCUCCAAAAAUUAGGAUAGGCAGAGGACUUUCACAUUUCACUUUCAAACUUAAAGAACCUGAUCUUAACCAAUAUUUUAACAAGUUACAUAUUUCUAUAUUGCCAAAACCUGAGGGGUUACAUAAGCAGCUCACACCAGUUACUGGACAGGUAGAAUGGGAACAAAUCCCAAUUCCUAAAACCCAGCAACACCUGAAAACACAGACAAAAUCAUCUAAUUUUGACUUUCCUAGGCUCCAGAUAGAUCAUGUGUUUACCAUAGUUAAAUCUGUGCAUGCAAACCAAUUUUCUUUGACCCCUAAGGAUACACAGUGUACAGUUCAGCCUUCUCAUUCAUCUGAAGAACAGAAGCCUCAGUUAAAGAUUUCCAGUCCCAUAGUACAUCCUGUUGUGCCAGUCACGUCCAAAGAAAGGUCUUUCAGUGUUCGUCCUUUAAAGCCAGAUCUCUGUAACUACAAAACUAAGAAAAAAACAGCAGCAGGGUAUGUGCCCUUAACAGAGGCUUUUGCAUGUCAUUGCAGUCAGUUCUGUGAUUUGAAUGUCGUAGUGCAUUCGAAGUGGAGAAAUUCUGGUAUUGAAAAAUUCCUAAGCAGUAAUAGAAAACCAUUCAGAAGAGGAAGUGCAGUAACACCCAGGUUUUCUACACACUCUUUAUUAAGUGAUAGAUACAGUGGUGACGAGUCCCGCUAUACCUCUUCAACAAAAAGAAAAAGAGAUUUGAAGAUGCAAAGUAUUCUGAACUUUUGUUUUGGGUGGCCUGGAGGUCAGAAAAAAUGUGAGAUGCCAUCUAAAGCAAAGAUACCUCCCGCUGCAGAGGAUGCAGACACAAAACAGGAGGGUCUCUUGAUCCCUCCACCUCUCCUACGUGAGAGCAGGAGCCCAACAACCCCUCUUCUUCCACCAAAGGGGGGGGGUGUGAUACCCCCAUUUACAACCCCUCUUCUUCCACCAAAGGGGGGGGGGGUGAUACCCCCAUGCCACCAGAGUGAAAAAGAGAGUCGGAGUCCUGCAGCUGGAACAUUACAUCCUGAAGAUAAACCAAGUACCAUGACCUUGCCUCAUACAAGGAAUAUCGAAAACAUAGCCUUCUCCUCUGGUGGAGAAACUAAAUUAAAGGCCAAUAAUACUGAUAUGCCUUUGGAGAAUCUGGAUUCUGAAGCCAACCUUGUGCCUUCUAGAGACUCAGUCAUGAAGAAACUCUUGUCUUGUAGAUGUGGAAAUAUGCCACAAGAUGGCCUCUUCCCUAAUGGAGAUAUUUCCCAGUCAGUUAAAAACAUAGUCAAAACCAGUCCUGGUACUAUUAGAGGCACCUGUAAACCUGAACAAACAAGGAUGAGUAGCCAGAGUAAAAAAGCAGAUGAUGCAUAUAGAACGUCUCACUGUAGUCACCAAGUUAUUUUCUCAACUCAUUUGUCUUUUGAAAAUGUACAUAAGCAUGAAGACGCAAGAAAACACUUCACAAGUACACAGUCUUACUUUGAGAAUGGAGUUCCAGCAAAGACUAUGAAAGAAGAGCUCUUAAACAAAGGUAGGAAAACUGAAACUGAUGAAAAGACAAAUAUCAGAAGUGAUAUGGAUGCUGCCACCAUGCAGCAAAGUUGCGUAAAUGGCUUACAUGCUUCAACACCUGCUGAGGAUGGUGAGGGAAAACAAACUCUACCCAAGUAUUCUGUUCCUCACCUCUACUGCUGCCCAUCCUGCCAGCCUGCUGCUAAACAAAAUUUUGGCGCAUCAGGUGACACUUAUAACUGCUUCCAGGCAAAGCAGAAAGUACCUGAGAGUUAUUUGAGCCUAGAGAAAGGAUUUGCAAUUGAUCCUUGCCUGGGAAGUAGAAGCCAGUGCACAUGUUCUCAAGCAAUUCCACUUCACUGAAUGGAAAACAAUGCUGCAUAUGAGAAGAAUAGAACUAAACAUUUAAGGAGAAAUGACGAAGACCUGAAUCAGGUUUGUCCAACUUAAAAUAUUUCUCUCUCACACACCCACACACUUUCAUGCGAUAUCAUUAAAUACCUUGGGCAGAAUCCUGUUUCACUUUAUAUGCUUAGGUGUCACUUACCCAACCAUGUAACUGUCAUUUUUGGCAUGUAAACACAUUUGAUCUUACUCUGUGUUCUUACACAUACAUACAGCUGCUGACUAGGCAGCCCUCUGCCUGGGGAGGUACACAGCUCCAUACUCUUGCACUCAAUGUAAGCACUAAAAUUGUGGCCUGGUAAAAACCUAGAGGAGAUAUAUCCCAACAGCCUGCUGGUUAAGGCACUUGCCAAUGAAGUAGGAGACCUGGGUUCUUGACCCUUUCACCCAGCAGGUUUUCAAUCUGUAGCUCCAACUUCCACCACGGUAUCUUUAACCACCAGGCUGUAGGUUAGGCAUUAUCAUGUGUCCUGUCCUUGAACCUGAGCCACUGCACCAUCCAUUAAAUAGCUACUGGAUAAAUUGGAUGGACAGCAAUGAGGAAGUUUCCAUUGUGAGCAAAGAUCCAGGGUCUCCACCCUUCCAGGGCAGUAGCUGUCUUAUUGAGCCACGCAUCCCCUAGCUUGUAUUCUUUCUCCUGGCCCCACAUCACUUUCUUGAUUGCCUGGAAGGCCAGCCUCAGGAGGAGCUGGAGAGGGGACUGGUUAGUGCUUAAGCUGCAGCAUGGUAGUUAGUACACUAUUCAUUAGUUAGCUACAGGUUAAAACCCCACUCUGGGUGAGGGGUGGGCCUCAAACCUGCCUCCUGGGCAAGUGCUCUGACCACUAAGCUACUGGGCUAAAACAGGGAAGGAUGGGCUGCAAGUCCUCUUUCGUCUAAUCACUUAGUCACGUGAAUGGGUUUGCCUGGGCAGAAUUUUGUGAAUUUACAGUUGCCCAAGGUUUAAAUGGAGCUAAAUAUUGGGCUGGCUGGAGUGAAGAAUACUAUGAAUCAGUGUCCCAGGGACACCGGGGCUAUAGGGAAACCCCGGCCCAAAACCAAAGAAAAAGGAAGCACUUACUUACCCCUUGCAGGAGCCGAGGACAGCAGAGGAGUGCACGCCGGGAAAUCACCCGUGCAUUUUGUUAGCCAUGCUCACAUCCAGCUGAGAGCGGGUGACGUCAGCGAGAGACGCCACCCGGCGGGAAUAAAGUGCAGCGCCGGGAGCACAGGAAGGAGACUGCAGGAGACCAUGGAGCCCGCGGGGAAGCCCGAGGUCAUAAGUGGGCACGCACGGGGUUUCUCUGCCUCGGGCAGGGAAAGCUGCAGCAGCGGCGAAAGCAGCGAGAGCCGCAUCUAUGGGAACGCCAGCUGCGGAGCCGACGAGAGAGUCGGUAGGAGAGUUGGGGAGGGAUCCAGCUGUGGAGCCGGUGGAAGAGCCGGCUGGGACGCCAGUGAAGGAACCAGUGGGAGAACCGGCUGGGACACCGGUGAAAGAACUGGAGAGAGAGCCGGCAGGGAAGCCGGGGAGGAAGCCCGCAGGGGCAACAGGGCCUCAGGUCUCGUAGUCCUCGGACCGGAGUCCAGCUUAAGACAUCAAGUCAAGCUGGUUGGGGACAAGGGAAGAGACAAGGCGGGGUCGGUUCGAAGAGACAAGGCGGGGUCGGUUCGAAGAGACCCACGACCGAAGGUGGCGUUGGCCGGGGUGUAGGGGAGGUUGGAGCCCUGUGAGUGCCCGCCGAAGGCGUGACGGCACUGGAGGCUGCGGCGAGGGGGACCCCCACCACUGAGGGUCCAGAUAAGGCCGUGGCUGGCGAGUUUCGAGGGUCUGCUACCGUCACUCGGGGCACCCUCUGGGGGCCGCCCGCAGGACCGGGGCAGACCCGGUCAGCCACCCAAGCAAAAGCAGACCAGGAACGCCUUUUGGAGCAGCGGCGGGCACAAUCAGAAUCAGAAAAGUAGGGCUGGUAGGGACCUCAGGUGAUCACGUAGUCCAGCUGCUUGCUUAAACUAGAAUCAUCCUUAUCUGAACUAUCCUAGACAAGUUUUUAUCUAAACUAGUCUUAAAAACCUUAAAAAGGAAGGAAGGAACUCUGUCCCCUUGUCUGUACAUACACAUGAUGCAAUCGUGGAUUAUACUCAGUUUCAAAUAACAAGAUAAUGUAGUUCUGUAGCCUUAGAUGAAUCAGUAUUUAUGUUUUAUUUGUUCCAUUAUAUUAAAAUGGACUUUUGCUCCUUCAAUUUAUAUUUCAAUUUGAGAUGCAAAGCUGAAAAUUAUUCAGUUUCACUGCAGUGGUCAGUCAGUACAAACACUGAUUCUCAAAAUUACUUAAUAUUCAAUGGAAAGAGGUAGUUAGUCUGAAGUCACACAGAAGGCAGAGUAGAUUUACACCUUACAGAUUAACUAAGCCAGAAAUAUAUAACAUAUAUAGCAUACGCUUUUGUGAGCUUUUGAUCACAUAAAUCCUUUUUGAUGCAUCUGUGAUCUUGGGGUUACCAAAACAUGCUGUGCAUUAGGGGUGUGCGAAGUGGGCCCUAUUCAGCUUUGGCCUGUAUCGGGGACAGUGAUUCGAUUAAUUGAUUCAGAUCAC